CGCGGAUGUGAACUACACUGAAUCAAAUGAGCCAGAAGAUCCGGAUCAACGAGUAAAAAUAUCCGCGUUUUCCUGCAGGAUAAACCGAACCGUGUGUGUGAAGAAUGCGAGAGGGCGAGUUUGUGUCCGGGGACGCCAAAUCAACCGAGAGAGAUGGGGUUGUGGAAGAGGUUGUGGCAUCUGAACUGCUCCUGGAUCAGUCCUGUCCCGGUCUCCUGUUUGCAGAUCUGGAGAAACACACGGAGGACUGGAGCCUCCAGCCACACUGCAGUCUGAAUGACAGCGAGUCUGAGGAAGUCCUGAACGCCAUAAACCCAAACCAGAUGUACGUGUCUGCGGUGUGUGAGAGCGACAGCGGUGUGUCCGAGGACCAGAGCUCAGACGGAGCCCACGAACACACCAACAGCUCCGCAUCACAGCUGCCCGUCUAUCAGGUGGUGUAUGACAUCAGCGGUGUGGGAGGAGCCAUUGCAGAGCCACACCCACCACAUGUGGACGUGAUCUCCAUACAGCUGGACGAGUGGAGCUCUCAGAUGCUGCUGUCAGAGUCGUGUGUGGUCAACGAGCUGCUGUCGCCGGUGAAGACGGAGGAUGUUUCUGCUCUCGACAUGCAGAAUCUGCAGGAGGACGACAGCUUUCUGGUUUAUCCAGAUCUGCAGCUCACAGAGGAGGAGCAGAAACUGCUGGAUCAGGAGGGAAUAUCACUGCCCAACAACCUGCCUUUAACCAAGGCUGAGGAGCGAAUCCUGAAGAAAGUGAGACGGAAGAUCCGGAAUAAACUCUCGGCUCAGGACAGCAGGAGGAGGAAGAAGGAGUACAUCGACGGCCUGGAGAGCAGGGUGGCUGCGUGUUCAGCUCAGAAUAAGGAGCUGCAGAGAACUGUGGACCAGCUGGAGAAACACAAUGUGUCUCUGGUGGCGCAGCUGCACAGACUGCAGGCUCUGAUUAAGCAGACGGCCACUAAAGCUGCGCAGACGAGCACGUGUGUGAUGAUCCUUCUGUUUUCUCUGGCUCUGUUGAUCUUCCCCAGCUUGAGUCCGUUCCACCGCAGCUCAGAGUCUCUACAGGACAGCUACGCUCCAGCCGCCGUGAUCUCCAGAAACAUCCUGAAUGACGCGAGCUCUGCUUCUUCCUCUGCGCUGCUGGAAGACUCAGUUCUGCAUAAACCCAUGAUUCCUCCUGAUCCUCCGUCAGAGCAGCGAGCAGCAGAUCUGGAGGUGGACGGACAGCAGAUCCAGGACUCGGUGAUGGUACGAGAAUCCAGUCGCGCUCAGAGCAACGGCAGCACAGAGAGCCAAACACACACAGAGCUGCAGCCGCUGGCAUUAGCAGCAAACACAGACAAACUCCCACAUGCAGACGAGAUGUGAGACGUGUGUGUGUGUGUGUACCCACUAUCUCUCUCUCUCAUACACUCUUAUUUAUUUAAGAACUCUGGGAAUGUGUGUGUGUGUGAGUUUUCAGUCCGUCUUCAUCAGCAUUAAUGCAUAUCAAUGUUGGAUUUCAGAUGUUUUGGUGACACUUUACAAUACUGUUCAAUUAAUGAGCUCAUUGGCCAGUUUUAUGAAAGCCCUUAAAGGACCAAUGAAAUGACAGUAAAGUUUUUUAGAUGUUAGCAUCAGUAUGUUCAUCUUUAGAAUAUCUAUAAUCAAGUGUCUCCAAAAACAGUACAAUGCUCACCUUGAUAUGAAUCUGGUGUAGAGUUUGUAGUUUAUUCUUCUUCCUCAUGAAUGGAUCAGUGGUUGUUUUGUCGUCUCCUCAUAGUUCACCUUCUCAUUAAAUCUUCUGACCAAUCAAAUGCUCUCUAGUCUCUGACAUGCCCCGCCCCUCUUUCUCAAUAGCUGUUCAUUUGAUGCACUCUCUCUGACAGAGCUGUGAGAAAACUGAAUGCUAUUGGCUGAUUCUUAAGAGGGGGAGGAGUUACUCUAUGUCCCACCCUCUUUGCCCCACCCCUAUCUAUGCUUUUUAAUAGCAUUGUGUCUGUCCUCCUUAAUCUGUCCUCCAACUUCAUGAAAUAUGGAGACUGUUAAUUAAUGGAUAUUCUUUACAGUGAAUGAACAAUAUUUCAGGUGGCGCAGUGGGUAGUGAUGUCGCCUCACAGCAAGAAGGUAGCUGGUUUGAGCCUCGGCUGGGUCAGUUGGUGUUUCUGUGUGGAGUUUGCAUGUUCUCCCGGUGUUGGUGUGGGUUUCCUCCGGGUGCUCCGGUUUCCACCACAGUCCAAACACAUGAAUUGAUGAACUAAAUUGGCCGCAGUGUUUGGGUGUGUGUGUGUAUGAGUGUUUCCCAUAGAUGGGUUGCAGAAGGGAAGGGCAUCCGCUGUGUAAAACAUAUGCUGGAUAAUUUGGCGGUUCAUUCCACUGUGGCGACCCCUGAUUAAUAAAGGGACUAGGCCGAAGAGAAAAUGAAUGAGCGAUAUUUCAGUAAUGAUUAAUCUUAGUUAAUGAAAACAGUUAAUUAAAACAGUACAAAUGAACACUAUUAAUAAAUGCCGCUCAAGUAUUGUUCAUGCGAGUUUGUUAGUAAUAAUUGAACCCUAUUAUAAAGUGUAACCAAUGUUUUUAAGCAUGUUAAUCUAUUUUGCCUUCAUAAAUAGUGCAUUGUUUUUUAUUUUCUGUGUCUGAUCUUUAAACCACUUUUAAAUGUGGUUUGAGUUCAGUUUCGAGUCUGAACACUCAAAUCUGGAUCAGUUUUCAUAAUGAAGUGUCAUGAUGAAGCCUGCGCGUGUGUUUGCACAAAGCUUCUCUCUCUGCUCUUGCUCUUGAAUUAUUAUUUAAAUGAGGAAUGUGCUGGUGAAUGAUUUGCUUUAAUGAGAGUUUGAUGUGAGCUGAUAUCAGAGUGAAUGUAAACACAGGGUCUGUACGCUUCACAGAAAUACAUGGGAAAAUAAGAGUCAAUGAUACGAACUUCAUCAAUGAGGCGUUUGUUGUGAUGUUUAGAGUAAAAUCUGAGACUUUGGCUUUAUUUAGAUUAUUGGUGAGUUUUUUACACGAUGAGUUUAUAUGAGGAUGGGUGUUUUUCUGUCUUCUGAAUAAAGAUUAUGUUAAUAUUA